GCGUGUUAUUAUCAUCGUGUGUUGAAAAUUGAACAGUUCUGUACUAAAUUUCGUGGAUAUGAUGACAAGACUUCGAAAUCCUUUAAUUACAUUUUUGGAAAAAAAUGACGGACAAUUGACAUCACAAUAUAUAGUAACGUUUUGCGCUUGCAUCUGUCAAUUUUCGAGCGGCCUCAGCUUCUCAUGGAUCAUUCCCUCCCUGAACAAGGUGAUGUCCGACGAGUACCCCUUCAAGAUGUCCUCCGACGAGGCUUCAUACCUCGCCAUCAUAAACCAAAUAGGGUUCGUAGUUGGGGCAGUGUUGUCCGCCCACCUAAUGGACGUCAUCGGCAGAAAAUGGACGCUAGUGUGGACGUCACUACCGAUGGUAGCCUCCUUCCUCAUGAUCUCUUUGAGUGACUUUUCGAAAAUUUUGCUCUACGUAGCUCGGGUGUUGGGAGGCAUAGCAGAAGCUAGUGCCACCGGCAUAGUGGGCAUCUACAUAGCAGAAAUAGCCUCCCCCUCUAUCAGAGGAAUGCUCGUCAACUCGAUCAACAUAGCAUACAUGAUAUCGUACAUCCUUAUGAGUCUGUACGGCUACUACCUCAGCAUCCAAGUCACAGCCUUGGUAUCUUUAGCCUUUCCCAUUCUGUUCCUGCUGACCUUUACCAGCAUGCCCGAAUCUCCCUACUACCUGCUCAUGAAGAAGAACACAGAAGAAGCUCGGCGAAGCCUGAGGCUGCUCAGAAGGAAACAGGACGUCGAACUUGAGGCUUGUUCCCUUCAAGCUGACGUCGAUAGACAGAUGUCGGAGCGAGGCGGCUACAGAGAGCUAUUCACCAUCCCAGCCAAUCGCAGAGCGAUAUUCCUCAUGCUGUGCGUGAAGUUUCUGCAUCUGGGCACUGGCUUCAACGCUAUAGGCGCCUAUGCGCAAGUUUUGCUCGACCAGGAAAGGAUUUCAGCAGUGUGGGGUAUGUUCAUAAUCGGAGUCUUCACUCUCCUUUCCUACAUCGGAGGGAAUUUCCUGCUGGACAGGCUAGGCAGGCAGAAACUAGCAGUGAUAUCUUCGACAACGACGACUGUCUGUCUUUUCGGUAUCAGCGCAUUCUUUCUGUUGAGGUUCUAUUUCCAUUUGGACCUGUCCAACCUAACGUGGUUACUUCUCGUCCUGAUAGUCUGCUACUUCAUUUGCUAUAGCGGUAUGGCCACUGUCAUCAAUGUUUUCGCAACGGAACUAUUCUCGAAUAGUGUCAAAGCAGAAGGUACGUGCUUAUUCAUGGUGAUCCAUGGAUUGGGUACCAUGGCCACUACGAAGUAUUACCAAUUUACCAGUGAUCAUGUAGCUUUGUUCGUGCCUUUUGUCACUUUUGGCCUGAUCACUCUGUUCGGUAUCUUCUUCUUCGUUCUCGUUAUGCCUGAGACGAAAGGAAAGACGUUGGAGACCAUACAAAUGGAGCUGAAGUACAAAAAGUAGCUAGCAUGUCUUCAAGAUCCCAAAGGUUUGCCAUGGUGAACAAAAUGUUAUCAAUGAUAGGCAUUUAUGGGGCUUUUUCCUUCCUGGGCAAACUAGGCAGGAAAUAACUAGGUGUGAUAUCUUCGACAAUUAUUACUUGACAACAGUUCUUUCUUUCUCUUCUUCCUGAGACUCUUUCCCAUUUGGGACGAGCAAACGAUCAUGGUUACAUCACUAGUCAGCUGAGAAGAUUCUAGUUAUCAAGUUAAAUAAGGCAAUACACAGGGUGUCCCUAGAAGGUCUUUACGAAAACUUACCACAUAUUCCUCAGAUCUCAACAAUCAGAUUGAUUUUAGCAAAUUUGCCUA